AUGGCGACUGCUAUGGGACCAGAGAGAUGGAAAGAUACAUCAAUUGGAGGAAUUAAAGUAGCUCAAACAUUAAUUGAUCGAGCAGAACGAGACGUAUACGACGCGAGAAGGACUGAUCCCUUACCGUCGUUACGUGCGUGCGUACAAGAGAGUAACAGACGUAUACACAGUUAUGCUAGAGCAACAAGAGCGGUUGUCGUACAUCUCCGUCAAGUAUUAGUAGCUACGAAUGAAGAGAUAAAGUCUUUAAACAGGACACGAGAGGCGUUAGAAAGGUCACUGGAUCAUUGUCGUAAAGAUAUAGCUUUAAAUAUAUUAAGUGGUGCUCGUAGUGCUCUAACGUCAGCUAUACAAGAGAGAUCUAGAGUGACAGAGUUAUUGUGUCAUUCUAUUAGCUCCACUUACCAUUAUGAUCAAACUAAAAUAAUCACACGUCUUGGACCAUUUGAUCCACUUACUCCAGCAGCAUAUGAAGCUGUUAAAGAGCUAAAGAAGCAUGUCAAAGAGAGUAGUCAGUUACGAAAUGAGACAUUAUUACAUAUUGAUCAAUUACAACAACAUCAACGAGAUAUACAUCAACUAGUUAAUGAUGGGUUGACACAAAAAAUAGCUGAGACUGUCACAUUAUCUGGUCCAGAGGCAUCAACAGACAUUACAAAACGAGAAAAACUGGACCGUCCCCUUGUCAGAGUCUAUCAACAACACCCAGGAACAGAUCUACCAGAAGCAUCCCAUCUUAUACAAGCCAGUAACAUGUACAUGGAUUCUAUAUCACAAACACAGCGUAAUUUAUCUCUCUUAAAAUUGGCACGCAAGAAACUUAAAGAAGAUAUACACGAUAAAAAAGUUGCUAUAGAAUUAGACUCAAAUCUUGUACGUUUGAGACGUAGGAAAGCUGACCACCGUUGGGUAUUACAAGGUAAUGCAGUGACUCUGUUACAACAUCCUGAUGUAUCUUCAAAAGUGCAGGAAAAUUAG